AUGAGCGCCCCGGCACGCGCUCUCGUGCUCUGCGUGGCCGUGGCCGUCGUGGCCGGAACCGCCUCGGAGCCCCCGGACACGGAGCGGCGCGGCGCGCGGAGAGCGUCAGAGCUCCCGGGGCCUGAGCCCGACCAGCAGGAGCAGUUGGUGUUUGGCAGUGGGGACACCGUGGAACUGAGCUGCCACCCGCCCGGAGGUGGUCCCAUGGGGCCCACUGUCUGGGUCAAGGAUGGCGUGGGGCUGGUGUCCUCGGACCGCAUCCUGGUGGGGCCACAGCGGCUACAGGUGCUGAAUGCCUCCCACGAGGACACGGGGGUCUACAGCUGCCGGCAGCGACUCACCCAGCGCAUGCUGUGCCGCUUUGGCGUGCGUGUGACAGAUGCUCCGUCCUCGGGAGAUGACGAAGACGGGGAGGACGAGGCUGAAGACACAGGUGAGACUACAGGGGCCCCUUACUGGACACGGCCGGAGCGGAUGGAUAAGAAGCUGCUGGCCGUGCCAGCCGCCAACACCGUGCGCUUCCGCUGCCCAGCGGCGGGUAACCCCACGCCCUCCAUCUCCUGGCUGAAGAACGGCAAGGAGUUCCGCGGGGAGCACCGCAUCGGAGGCAUCAAGCUGCGGCACCAGCAGUGGAGCCUGGUCAUGGAGAGCGUGGUGCCCUCCGACCGCGGCAACUACACGUGCGUGGUGGAGAACAGGUUCGGCAGCAUCCGGCAGACAUACACGCUGGACGUGCUGGAGCGCUCUCCACACCGGCCCAUCCUGCAGGCAGGACUGCCAGCCAACCAGACGGCGGUGCUGGGCAGCGACGUGGAGUUCCACUGCAAGGUGUACAGCGAUGCGCAGCCCCACAUCCAGUGGCUCAAGCACGUGGAGGUGAACGGCAGCAGGGUGGGCCCCGACGGCACGCCCUACGUCACCGUGCUUAAGUCCUGGAUCAGUGAGAAGGUGGAGGCUGACGCACGCCUCCACCUGGCCAAUGUGUCGGAGCGGGACGGGGGCGAGUACCUCUGUCGAGCCACCAAUUUCAUAGGCGUGGCUGAGAAGGCCUUUUGGCUGCGUGUUCACGGGCCCCAAGCAGCCGAGGAGGAGCUGGUGGAGGCCAGUGAGGCCGGCAGUGUGUAUGCGGGCAUCCUCAGCUACGGGCUGGGCUUCUUCCUCUUCAUCCUGGUGGUGGCAGCCGCGACACUCUGCCGCCUGCGCAGUCCCCCCAAGAAGGGCCUAGGCUCGCCCACCGUGCACAAGGUCUCCCGCUUCCCACUCAAGCGACAGGUGUCCCUGGAGUCCAACUCAUCCAUGAACUCCAACACGCCACUGGUCCGCAUUGCCCGGCUGUCCUCAGGAGAGGGCCCCACGCUGGCCAACGUCUCCGAGCUUGAGCUGCCUGCCGAUCCCAAGUGGGAGCUGCCCCGGGCUCGGCUGACCUUGGGCAAGCCUCUCGGUGAGGGCUGUUUUGGGCAGGUGGUCAUGGCAGAGGCCAUCGGGAUUGACAAGGAUCGAGCCGCCAAGCCUGUCACCGUGGCCGUGAAGAUGCUGAAAGACGAUGCCAGUGACAAGGACCUGUCGGAUCUGGUGUCGGAGAUGGAGAUGAUGAAGAUGAUCGGCAAGCACAAGAACAUCAUCAACCUGCUGGGAGCCUGCACGCAGGGCGGGCCCCUGUAUGUGCUGGUGGAGUACGCGGCCAAGGGCAACCUGCGGGAGUAUUUGCGGGCACGGCGGCCUCCAGGCAUGGAUUACUCCUUCGACACCUGCAAGCUGCCUGCGGAGCAGCUGACCUUCAAGGACCUGGUGUCCUGUGCCUACCAGGUGGCCCGGGGCAUGGAGUACCUGGCCUCCCAAAAGUGCAUCCACAGGGACCUAGCUGCCCGCAAUGUGUUGGUGACCGAGGACAAUGUGAUGAAGAUAGCAGAUUUUGGCCUGGCCCGUGACGUGCACAACCUCGAUUACUACAAGAAGACCACCAAUGGCCGGCUGCCUGUGAAGUGGAUGGCACCUGAGGCCCUGUUCGACCGCGUCUACACCCAUCAGAGUGACGUUUGGUCCUUCGGGGUCCUGCUCUGGGAGAUCUUCACGCUGGGGGGCUCCCCGUACCCCGGCAUCCCCGUGGAAGAGCUCUUCAAGCUGCUGAAGGAGGGCCACCGCAUGGACAAGCCAGCCAACUGUACCCACGACCUGUACAUGAUCAUGCGGGAAUGUUGGCACGCCGCGCCCUCACAGAGGCCCACUUUCAAGCAGUUGGUGGAGGACCUGGACCGUGUCCUCACUGUGACGUCCACUGAUGAGUACCUGGACCUGUCGGCGCCCUUUGAGCGGUACUCACCAGGCGGCCAGGACACCCCCAGCUCUGGUUCCUCGGGGGAUGAUUCUGUCUUUGACCAUGACCUGCUGCCCACAGCCCUGCCCAGCAAUGGGGGCCCACGGACAUGA